AUGACGGCUGCAUCGUGCAAGUGAGUGUUUUGCUCCAGGGAUCUUCUUUUAGAACUAAACGUCACAGUUCUUUUAUUGGACAAUGAAUAUUAUUUGAGUGUCAAGACCUCAAAUGUAGGAAUGAUGUCGAAUGUUUGAUGCGGUUUGGUUUAAGUCCGAAUAUACGCGUGCAGGAACUGUAGAAGCUCGGGUCUAACUGCAGUGACUGGCGCUGUUUGAAACACCACAUGGUGGUGUUAAAAGCAAUGUUUGGAAACGCUAGCCCUGUACUCGCGCCGUUUCUCAAACAGCUAGAUACCUCUGCUGUCGAAGUUUUUAACUGCUGUUUGUGGAACAUUCAUAAGCAGGGUGCAGAGGGAAAGGUGGGCCGAGGCAAUUGCUUUUAGCAAAACCAUGUGGACGAUGCGUCGCAAAGUUUGGAAUUUCCACACUGUUAGUGCCGGCGCUGCAUUGACUAACAGAGAACAAGUCAUUAUUAGAGAGAGUAAUCAGCAUAACCCAGAUGUCCCAGAUGUUGCAAUGAAUGGCAACACUGUAGAACAAGGGACUUUGACACAGCCUCGUAGCUGGAAAGAGUUCUGUGAGCUGCAUGCCCAUGCCACUGCCGCGGAGCUUGCUAGGCAGUAUUUGCUAUUUGCAAAUGAAAAUCCAAGUCACGACACACAGGGGCCUGAAAACUUUUCUUUACAAUUCACAGAUCUCUUUCAACAGUACUUCAGAAAUGAGGUAAAAGAGGGACUUGCUCUGAAUAGGUGUACCAUUGUGCCCUUCACAGGAGUACAGGAUUACAGGGAAACAAGUAGGAAAUCUACCGAUGGCUCUUCUGGUCUGGUUUUACCGAAGAUGGAAACUGAGGUGAACAGUGUUGAACAAACUGAAAGGAGUUCUGAUGCUAAUCUCCCAUUUUCAUCAAAGUCACGAAGUUCUGAAGAUGUUUCAGUUUCUGCUUGCCCUUCACUUGAACGACCCAAAACUUUGAGUCAGUUUACAAGAAAUGUAAAAGGCAGUAUACGACGACUGUUCCGAAGAAAAUCAACAGAUGCAAUACCAGUAGAUGGAAAAGAAGAAGCUUCUGGAGAGAUUGGCUCACCUGAAAGGGACUGGUUUAGAAACCUGACUCACAAAUUCCCUUGGCCAAAGACUGUAUAUCGAGAAGAGGUUCAUGACAUCCGCAAGGAAGGUGUUUUAAAUUAUAUGGUGGUGGAUGAUGUAAGCAUGGACAUGGACGCACAGUGGCAAAGGUGUAGGCUGCUUGUGCGAAAGGCAAAGUCAUAUGAAGGUGAUGGAUAUGUACUGGAGUUAUUUGACCCACCAAAGUGCUCAAAACCGAAGCACAGUACUCUUUGCUCUGCAAUUACAGAGAUAAGGAAGUGUACUCAGCUCGAGAUGCCAGACAACAUAAACACUUUCGUACUCAAGGUCAGCAGCUUCUUAGAAGUUAUUUUUGAAGCUUUCAAUGACCAACAGUUGAAUUUAUGGACAACAGAUAUUAGAGAAUGUAUAAACGCAUGGUCUGAUGGAACUGAUGUGGAACUGCUUGCUGCCCCCCACUCUAACAGCAUGCAGACAGUCUCUGUUGAUGGAAGCACAGAUUCUGCACACCAAGGAGCUGCCCAUCAUUGCUCAACAGAACAGCCCUACCAAAAGACGGACCGGCUGUUCUCAUCCUAUGCCUGGUUUCAUGGUCCAAUCUCUCGAUUUAAAGCAGCGCAGCUGGUACAGAUUCCAGGAACUGAGGGUCAUGGCGUGUUUCUUGUGCGUCAGAGUGAAACCCAGCGAGGAGAGUAUGUCCUAACAUUCAACUAUCAAGGGAGAGCCAAGCAUCUCCGACUGCUGGUGACAGAAAGAGGGCAAUGUCUAGUCCAACACUUUUGUUUCCAGUCUGUCACAGAAAUGCUGAACUAUUUUGGAAGGUUUGCAAUACCGUUGGAAUGUGGCACAACCUGUGAAGUCAAACUGUCAAGCUAUGUCGUGGCGUUUCCUCACCAGCAAGGAUCUCAUUCUCCAAUCAAUGCAUCAGUGUUGCCAUUUUCCGUUCACCGCUGGAAUUCUGAACCCAGUCUUGCUCACUUGGGUCCUUCCGGCUGCAAUGCAUCAGAGCCUCUUCUUUCCCGGCCAGCUCCAGAACAGGUAUUCCACAUGGUGCCCCCUGCUGAGGAAUCUCUUCCAGCACUGCGGCGAAGUGGCUCAGUGGUUGUGCCGAUAAGGCACCAACGAGACUCAGACUAUGAAAUUGAAUCGGCUGCCAGAGGUCAUUCCCGGGCCAUUGAUAAUCAGUAUAUGUUUCUUUGAUUCUGUCGCCAAAGACAAGUUGGUACACACAUGUGAAAGUGUGCCAUUAUUAAUUUUUCAACACUGAAACAUUUUCAGGUUUGCUUCAAAAACUGAAUGUAUUUCUGUUUCAGGGAGGUAGACUUAAGAAACCUUCAGGGCAAAUACGUGUUUGCUCUGAAAUGGGCCUCUUCUACAAUUAGGCCUGUUGAAGGGUCUGUUUACAAUAUUAUUAAAUUGUACAGCUUUGAUCUGGAUUUAUCUUUAAAACAUAGAUAUCUUGGAUUAUUAAUUGAAAAUAUAGAAAAUAUGUCCUUCAGUUUAAUUUUGCUUAUGUAAAAAUUGUAUAUGAAUUGAAUAUAAUUUUAAGCAUAUUUCUUUAUAUAUCUGUAUUUCCUGUAACCUUUCUAAAAUUAUUCUAUGAAAUACUUUAACUUAAUUGCUUAACAACAGUAAUAUGCAAUAAAUGAAAAUACAGUUAUUGGGCUUGUUGCAUUUAAAAAUAAUUCUACAACUGUUUUGCUGUGUUUACAAGUUUCAGUUAAAGUAGAUUUCUUUAACUAGGAUAUACUCAUACUUUGUGCUUUUGUGCUUUUCAUUUAAAGCUUAACUGACAGUUCAGUUAUGUACUAGUAAUUCGAGUGCUCAAGUUAGAUUGUGAACACUACGGUGAUCUAAUUUUGGUGAUUUUUUUUGGUUUUGAAAAAUUACAGGAUACAGCUGAUGUCUUAUUUUCCAUUAUGAUAUUAGCAGAGAAUUUCCCAUUAUGGGAUUAAGUACAUAGUUUCAGAUAGAAUUAUAUGAACAAAUCUCCUGCAUUGCUGCUACUAGGAGGCUUCAUCAAGGCAGGAAUAUCAUGCCUUAAAAUGGAAUGCAGGUACAGGUCUUUCUAAAGGAAGAAGUCUGAAAAAUGGUGGAUUUGCAUGCAGGAUAGGUUGCACAUAGGAAAUCUGGCUUGCUGAAACUGCGGAGGCUAAAAAUACAGCGAUGGAGGGAGGAACAGUUAAUAUUUUCAAUCAGAAAAAUGACUGUCUUUGCAUUUUGUAAUCAAGUUAAUUAAGAAUUUGUACACAGUGAGGAACUGAUAAUUGUUUGAGAAAGAUCAUUGGCCAUUUGUUAUGAGCUGCACACAGGCACUUGAAAAGUGUUUCCUGAAAUGGAGGAAUCACUGUUUGAAAUUGUUUACAAUUUCCCUACAUUUGCCCCAAUCUUAGAUCUUUUCCAUUGCCUUAAAUUAUAUCUGUUGCUUAUAGUUGCUGUUUGUAGUCUCGUGAAUGUCUUGAGAAAGUGCAAAACCAGGAUGGGGAGUUAAUCAUCAUGGGAAGGAUGGUCCAAUCAUAUUUGGUUAGCAUAGUGUUGCCUAGUAAACUUUGAGGGCACAAUAAAGUUACUGAAGCUUUAUGAAAUAUGUGGUUAGCUAUCAUAUAUGUCACUUUGUUGACAAUUAUAUAUGUUUUUAGGUCAUCCAAUAAAGAAAACUGGUCUAGUACCCAAUGAUCCAUCUGCCAAAAUCAAUUAACUUACCAUUACCUCCGAAAGGCACAGCAAUGACAUCUUAUAGACUAAAAGGGAUAUUAGGAUAUUAUAACACACCAUUGUACUUCAGAAUGAUGCACUGUGUAUUGGAUGGCUAAUUUUUUUGACUUUUUAAAACAAUGUUCUUUUACAGUGCCAUAUUAAUGUGAAACUGUUAAUAAAUUUUAAAGUGUAAGCAGUUCAUCAGUUACAAUUUGGAAAACAGCAUAACCCAAUAAUCUUGCUUAAUCUUAUCAGCAGAGUGUUCAUUCAGUUAAUAAGAAUAAGUGCAUUUCUCCAGCUAGUUCUUUUUUUAGCAAAAAUUUAAUUAUGCUGUUAGUUUUUUCGAGUCAGUCAAAAGUCCUGCCCUGCUUCGACAUAUGACAAUGCACGUUGGCUGCCUGUACUCAGUGUAGAAUUUUGCAGGUAGUUGAAGACCACUGGAUAAAAAUAGUAAAGAACUCAGGGAUGUUUAACAGCUAAAAAACAUUACCAACCAUAAAACUGUAUUGUGAACCAAUUUUAUAGAGUUAGCAUGGAAACAGACCUUUCAAUCCAACAUGUCCAUGCUGAUCAGAUCUCUCAAACUAAACUAGAAACGCUUGCCUGUGUUUGGCCCAUAUCCCUCCAAACCUUUCCUAUUCACGUACCUAUCCAAAUGUCUUUUAAAUGUUGUAAUUGUACUUCCAUCCACUACUGUUUCUGGCAGUUUAUUCCAUGUACAACCCUCUGUGUAGAAAAAGUUGCCCUUCAGAUCCCUUUUCAAUCUUUAUCCUCCCACCUUAAAAAUAUAUUCCCUAAGUUUUGAACUCUUUCCCCCGCCACCAGGAGAAAAAGACUCUUGUUAUUCACCUUAUCUAUGCCUCUCAUGAUGUUAUAAACCUCUACAAGGUCACUCCUCAAACUCCAAUGCUCCAGUGAAAGAAAUCCCAGCCUAUUCAGCCUCUCCUUAUAAUUCAAACCCUCUAGUCCUGGCAACAUUCUGGUAAAUCUUUUCUGAAUCUUCUCCAAUAUAAUAAUUGCAAUAGGAAGGAUGAGUGACCAGAACCAUACACGGUGCUCAAAAAGUGGUUUCACAAACAUCCUGUACAACCUCAAUGUGACAUCCUAACUCACCUGUGAUGCAACUUUCAAAGAACUAUGUACCUGAACCCCUAAGUCUCUUUGUUCGACAACACUAUCCAGUCUUUCUCAUAGCAUCAUGUUUCGCCAUUGAUGUAAGCCUUGGAAAUAUGAAGUAGCUCAUGGGGGUGAGAAUAAAGAAAAACAUUUAUUUCAUAAUUUAUAUAAUUUCCAUGACAGUUUAGUCACUGCCUGGAGGAAUGAGACCAUACUCUGCAGAUCAAGAGGUCAAUUUGCUCUUUUUUAACAAUUUCCACAACAAAAAAUGUAAUUAUCCUACUAAUUACUUAUGUAGUAUGUUUAAUGACUGCUUAAAGUGAAAAUACAUCAAUUCCAUGAAAAUCAUGUGAAGUUAAAAGUGAGAUAUUGUUUUUGCAAAGCUAACAGCGGAAUUUCUCAAACUUCCCAGCAAUGUGAGAUUUGCAGUUUACAAAUUAACAAGUUCCCAAGUCAGUUCUCACCUAUUGUAAAGCAAUUUAAAUCUGUCACAAAAAAAUUUUGCUAAUAGUCUCAGCAAAGUAGUAACUCCUUGGUGUAUUGUUCCAGGGAAAUUAGUCCCUCCAAUAUAUCCUAGUCAUUGGCUCUCAUUUGGCUACACUGGUGACGAUGAGGCUGAGUCAUUCACUGAGUUGGCGAAAGUGAUAGCAGUGGUAGCUCAUGCAGUUAAGUAUCCAAAUCCAAAAGUUACAGAUAUCCUGCUUCUCUGCAGGUUGUGCUGUUGGAGUUUUCAUAAAUGGAAUGAACAAAGAAUUAUUGAUUUGGAAGCACAAGCUAAAUUGCCCUAUAUUCUCACGAAAAAUUGAUGAAAAUCUUGGUAAGCCUUGUUCAGUCAGAAAUAACUUGGGUAUUUAAAUAGUGCACUAAGUGAUGACAAUCAAUUUAAUUCCAUCAAAAUAAUUUGUAAAUUUCAGAAAUUUUUAAUUUUUAAAAAUUGUUUUCCCUCAAUCCUGUAUGUUCUGUUCCUUCAUUCUGUAUAACAACAGGUGCAGUUUAUAUUUAUUUGCAACUUAUAUUGCAAAGCAAGAAUUAAUUCCAUUUAUGUCUCCCUUGCAGUCCACAUUGGAUGUAGACCCAAGAUAUUCCUUGUAGAAAUUGCUAAAUUCAAACAGGUGUUUGUAAAGGAGGACAUCUGCCUACAGCCCUAAAACAAAAUAAGUUUUCUUCAAGAUCGAUAGUGUUUACUGUUCCUUCAUCACUGAAUUGGAUAUUUACUUCAUUUUUUGUGGAAGUUGUUAAAAAUAGCUGUUAAAAAUAGCCAAUCAAUCUCUUGAUCCAUGGAGUGUAGUUUUAUUCUUCUUGGUUGUGACUGAAUUGGCAUAGGAAGUGUCACCUGUAUGAGCUAUUUUAUGUUGUCAAGGCAUACAUCAAUGGCAAAACAUGACCCUGUUAGAAAGAAGGAAGUUUGCAGGCACCAAGCAGUUUUUAGUUUAUUUACUUUGCUUAUCUUCAAUAAGUAACUUUUGGCAAACGUACUUUUGAAUUGAACUCUGCAUAGCAAUGACUUUGAUAAUAGGCUAAUAGAACACUAUUUCUUUUUGUAAAUUUGGCUUGCAUUUAUAUGAAAUGUGCUUUUAUUUCCAGAGCUCCUGCUGAUUGUCUACAUUUCCAACCAUUGCACAAAAUUAGCCUUUUAAAUUGAAUUUCAAUGGCGCUAUAGCUUUGGUUUCCUGUGGAUAGAAGUGUGGCAUUGAACUGAAAUUAAGUAAUGAAAAUAUGUAAUAAUUUUUAAAUGUUAGAGUGCAUAGAGAAAGGAAGUUUGAGAAAAUUUAAUAGCUAAACAAUUAAUUCAUUGAAAUUAUAAAUCUUUAGUUAAAUCUUGUAAUUUACCAUGGACAAUCAGACCUUCUUGAUAAGCUGCCUUAGGGAUGAGAAAUGUUGAUCUUGCUGGCAAUGCUUACAUUGCAUGAACAAAUAAAAUGAAAAUUAUUACCAGAAAAACAUCAAAAUGGAAUCCCCUAAUUAAUUUUAAAGAUUUGAAUCAUUAGCCAUUCAAAUACUAUUAUUUGAUUACUGUAUACAAUUUAAAACUUAAGCUGUUCAAAAUUAGGGGAAUUACACCAUGAAGAUGCGUGAUCCAGGCUUUUCCAGGUCUGAAGAUCAAUUUUACAUGGUAUAGAAAUGCUGUCACAGCAGCCACUUGAAGGAUUCUGCUGUACAUGGUAGCAUCCUUGGAAUUAGCUUCUACAUAAUGUAAGAGGAUUGAAUUAAUUUGCACUUGGAGAUAUAGACACUCAGCUGGUAAAUUAUUAAAUGCAAGGUUGCUCUCAAAGAAACUGUAUUUUGACAUUUUUCCAUUACAAUUUAUGCAUACGCUGCAACAAAAUUUAUUUUCU